AUGCCUGACGUCAAGCGCACUGUCCGUCUCAUCACCGAGCAGAACAUUAUAGAUAAGCCAUCGGAAGUUGAGGGCUUCCCACAGCGAUCUUGGCAUAUUGAGGUCUGGCUCGUGAAUGAAAAGGGCGCCUUGGUCCCCGCGAACAUCUUCGACAAGGUUACCUACCACCUACACCCCAGUUUCGGUGAACGUGCCACGCAGGUCUUCAAGCAGCCGCCGUUCCGCAUUCAGGAGGAAGGAUGGGGUGAAUUCGAUAUGUCAAUCGAGCUGACUGCCGACAAGUCGUACACCAUUCAACACGACCUGAACUUCGCCCAGACCCGUUAUGAAUCUAAGCAUGUUCUCGUCGACAUGGACAAGCUUGCCGAUGGGCUUCAGAAGCUGAACGAAGAUGACCUGCUGCAGGUUGUGCAGAUGGUUCAUGACCACAAGGCAGCAGACUCAUACACAAAGAAUGAUGUUGAACUCGGAGAAUUCCAUGUGGACUUGUACACGCUCCCGGACGUGUUGAUCAAAAUGCUCUGGGAAUUUACGGCGGACCGCGGAGCCCUGUAA